AUGCGUUCCCUGUCUCUUAUAUGUCUGCUCUUCGGCCUGGUCUGGGCCCAAACGACGCCAUCACCCGAUCCGUCUGACAUCCAAUUCCCUCCGUUCGUUGUUACCGAUGGGAAGUACGCCCUGCGUACCUUUGCCAAGGUGAACUGGUACCAGGCCCAGGCCACCUGUGCCUCCUACGGCUACACUCUGGUCAGCAUCACCCCAGAGAGCGAUCAGCGGGCUCUGCGCAAUUUCCUGUACACCUACAGCAGCUUCCAGCCCGGCUUCGACUACUAUCCCAGCGGGUACAGGCACUGCCUGGGCCUCUAUGCCAUCACCAGUACCUGGGUGAACGAGGAAUGCAGCGAGCAGCGCUACUUUGUGUGCGAGAAACGUUGCCUGUUCGACGACGUCAAUUAGUGGAGACCAUGGGUCCUAGAAUUUAUCGGUGUUAGUUUAU